AUGUGCCGGAGAUCAGAAAGACAGAGCCGAGCUCCGGCGGAGGCUCCUGGGAACGGAGAUGCCCCGUCCAUCACUGCCCCAUUGAUGCUUCUCCCAGCUCAGCGAGAUACCACCAGGCCUCUUCCAGCCAUAUGCAUGCCCCAAUCUCCACUCGAUCCAACGGGCAGGUGCCCUCUGGCUCCCAGGACUCCUUCCAGCCUCACCUGUAUUACCACUGCAACCAGCAAGAAGCCAGAAGCAGCUAUGCCCUGCCAGGCCAUGGGGAGAGGGCGACCUUGUGCUCCCAUCACUCCAGUGGGGAUUCGUCGUCAACUCCCCAGCACGAGGCUGCGGACAUGAGAUGGAAACAGUGGCCCCACGACCAGCAGCAGUUACGGCCAGUGCAACACCAUGUCGUCACGGUCAGGUGA